ACGUGACUUGUCGCAAAUGAAUUCGAAUUCAAUUCAUUUGUCACCUACUACAACAGUCCUCACUCUUCACUCACUUCAAUGUUUCCUUCUCACUUUCCUUGUCGUCGCUUGCCAUACUUUCGAUAGACUAGAUUGUACUUGCUUUCACCCGAGACAUUCAUCGAGUAAGGUGUAAGGAAUUGCAGAGACAUUUGCACAGCACCAUUUCCCAUUUCCCGUUCAAAUUUCUGAAGUCUUGCAGAGUCGUACCUGAGGGAAAUGUAUUGCUAGUGGCUUUGCGAUGGAAGGCAACUUGCAGCGGUGGACUGGCUAUCUGAGAGGCUAUCAGUGGAGGGUAUUUGUGCUGAAGAAUGGAUGCCUUCGCUAUUACAGGUCCACUGACGACAGCAGGAAGUCGGCCAACUGCCGAGGUACCCUUCAAAUAAAGUACUGCCGAAUCGACAAACUGGCUCGGUUCGACUUUCUCAUAUCCUCACCAGGCUCGCCUCCCAUGUACCUGCGUGCAAUGGAUGAAGUAGACCGCCAGAAAUGGAUCAAUGCUAUGGAACAGGCCAGCAGAGGACCGUCACACUCAUCAGAUGACUAUGUAGUGCUGAGUAAUGAAGAUGGUGUUGAGGAAAGCAAUAGUCAGCUGGCUGAUAACGACGAAGGCGAUGAGGCAGUGGUGAACCUACAGCGAAGUCUGAACUUUCAGCUAGGCGAAGUGCAGUCUUGUCAUACGGACUUGGGACAGCUAGUUCACAGUCUGCAGCGGGAACUCUCGUCUCUGGAGACUAGCCAGGUGGCUGUCGCCAAGCAGCUCAAGCCACUGUUUGAAAAGAUGAUGCUGGUCAAGAUCUCAGCAGAUACGUUGCUCAAGCGAAGCAAUGACUUUGUUGGCCUCUCGGACAGUCAGACUCAGUCCUGGAUUUCGGUAGUGCAGCGUGAGCGGCAGCGUCGUCGGCGCCUAGAGGAGGCCGUCGAGACCAUAGCGCGCCAGCACAACGUCCUGGAGGCGUCCGUGAUCAGCAAGUCUGCCGCCGUCAGCACAGACACUGCGGAGCACGACGAAACGGACGGUGGCUUGUCGACCUUCUCGCUGCACGCCACUCUGGACGGGUCCGGUGCACAUCGUCCCAACACCAGCAACUCGUCGGAUGAUGACCAAAGCGAAGAUAUCUUUGUGGACUGCGUGGAUAACAUUAGCACUGGCAACUCGCGGGAUGGCAGUGUCAGUGCUACUAACUUCUCGUCUGCGGAUGCUUCAACAAAUUUAGAAGCGGAAGAAGAUACUCCACAAGACUGGCCCCUUGUGAGGUCAGCCCGGAGUUCAUCUUGUAGACAGCAUAGAUGCACGGUGCUGGAUCGUCCCGAUAUUCCAGUCAACCUCUGGAGUAUACUGAAGAACUGCAUCGGCCAGGAUUUGUCCCGGAUUGCUAUGCCAGUAAUGAUCAAUGAGCCACUGUCUUUCCUGCAACGACUGUGCGAGGUCAACAUGGAGUAUAGUGAUCUACUGGAUCAAGCUGCUAAGGUCACCAGCUCCACUGAGCAAAUGGCGCUGAUCUGUGCAUUUGCUGUGGCAUCGUACAGCAGCACCAGCUAUCGAACCAAAAAGCCCUUCAACCCUUUGCUUGGUGAGACUUACGAGCUGGACCGCACGGCUGACCUGGGCUGGAGAUGUGUUUGUGAGCAGGUCAGUCAUCAUCCACCAGAGAGUGCCAUGCAUGUGGAAAGCGAAGAGUGGCAGUUCUGGGAAGACUACACGAUGUCGUCCAAGUUCCGUGGCAAAUACGCGCAGAUUCUACCUCAUGGCUCAGCUCAUCUUCUUUUCCGCCGUACCGGUCAUCAUUAUACGUGGAACAAACCAAUCACCACAGUUCACAAUGUCAUUGUUGGAAAGCUCUGGAUUGAUUCUUCUGGUGACAUGGCAGUUGUCAAUCACACCACACAAGAUAUGUGUACGAUGAUGUUCCACGAGUUCAGCUACUUCUCCAAGUCACCGCCGCGACGAGUGACAGGAACAGUGUACGACCGUACAAAGCUUCCUUGCUACAGUGUCACAGGCACCUGGGACGGCAGUAUCAGCUCUAGCAAAGUGCUGGAAAGCAAGAUUGAGAAGAAGUUACACGUAGCGACUCGUUGCGAAGCGCCGGUGGAAAUCUGGCGGGCACGUAACAUACCUGAGGGCCAUAGCGCUAAGUACUGCUUCAGUGAGUUCACCUGCUGUCUGAAUGAAGAAGAUGACAGUGUGGCACCCACUGACAGUCGGCGUCGACCUGAUCAGCGUGUGAUGGAGACCGGCAACUUUGACAAGGCUAACGAGUACAAGGUGUUGCUUGAGGAGAAGCAGCGCCAGCGUCGCCGGGAUCGCGAGGCGAAAGUAGCGGAGGUGGAAUCCCGGGGUGCCGACUCGUCCGUCGCCCGUCACAGGCCCCGCUUCUUCCGUGUGGAGAAGGACGAGAUCACCAGCCUGAUGACGCACCGCUACGUCGGCGGUUACUGGGAGGCGAAACAGGAGCAGGACUGGGGCGAAUGUCUUGAUCUGUACUCUCUGAAUUGAUCUGCUCUGCGCGGUAAGCACUGGCCACAAUGGCAGCCAGUCCAAGCCUUGUAAGUUGUAGCAUCAACUAGUCUGUCUAGGUAGUGGUUAAAGGUAAUUACUAGCUUGUUAUUACUGGUUAGGGUGGUACCUGCCAAGAGGCAAACUGGAUGCUGAUUGUUCUUGAAGAUCAGAGAUCAGCAUGAUACCAACAUGAGACAUCGUUGAUUUCGUUCUUGCUACUUAGUCAUGCAGUAGUUGAUGAGAUUGUCCUGUUUUUGUACCGCUACUUCUGCCCCCCGUGCUGCUUUAGCUUUGCUGAACCGUCUUUUAAUUAACGCAGCUCCUGCUCCAUGCAGAUUUUUUUAUCGUAGCUCUAGCUGUAUAAAAUAAUUUUACCGAAGCUCCCGCUGUAUAAAAUAGUUUUACCGAAGCUCCCGCUCUAUAAAAAUGCCAUGCUGGACAAUGUGCAGUGGGUGUAGAUGUAUGUCAGGGCAUAGUCUUUUCUACUCGCUGAGAUGUUUUACUGACCCUCUUCUGGCUACUUUUUCUUUUCAAAUUGCUGUGCAGGCAUGGCUUCUUUGUUUUAUUCUCGGUGUUUUUACUUGACCAUAAUCUACCCUUUGUCUUGCAGCUUCUUUUUUUAAAGUUGAAGUGCCAUGUUACGUGCAAUGUUCAUAAACAAUGA